AUGGCCACGCCAUUCGACACCAAGGACCAGACUGCCUGCGGAAGUGCAACCGCCGCCUCGCGCGUGUUUGGCAUACUCGAGCUCGCCGAAGGCAUUCUCUUAUAUCUCCCCAUCACAGACCUCAUCCACGUCUCUCGCGURUCGAAGCGAUUCCAACACACCGUCGCCGCAUCCAAGCCACUUCAGCGUGCUCUCUUCCUGAAACCGCUCGCCGGCAAAACCGUCAUCUUGGUCAAGCCGACACCCGGCCGCAUGGUCUUCCUCGCCGAUGAGACCAGCGACAUGUCCGUGGGCGUCUUGGGCAAUCCCUUUGUGCAACGCGUCAUGCAAGGUCUCAAUCAUCACGACGACGCCGCGCUCCUCCGCAAAGACGCCACGUGGCGCCGCAUGCUGCUCUCGCAGCCACCGAUGCGUCGUAUUGAAGACAAAUACGGCAGGAAGUUUCGCGACGAUCAGGGUGUGAAGUUGCUGCAGGCGCUGGUGGCGAGCGAGAAGCGGCCGCAGUGGUACAGACCCAAUCAUAUCGAAGCGUGGGAGUUUUUCAAGAGGGUCAAGCUUGCUGGUGAUGUGAGGCGGAUUGAGAAGCCUCUCUCCGAGGACGACAGGAGUCUUCAUCAUACUUUCCACGGAAUGCAACUUGGCUGA